AAUGGCGGAUAAAAAAGUCCCGGAGCAGUGGAUACUGCCGGGCCGCUCCACAUGCUAGCGCCCACGAAGUGGAACAUCACCAGUUCUUCUCUUCUUCGAAAUCGAGGCGGUGAAUCUUGGCUCAGGGUCGAUUUCAAAGCAAAGUGGGUCUUUUUGACGAGUUUCGGUCUGAAGAUUGGGUAUAAAAGACUUUGCUGAUGGUCAAGAAUUAUGUUGUAAUUAACUAAGUUGAGACAAAUCCCAACAACACUGGCACCAUGACACUCCUAGAUAUCGUCGUUGAGCCUGCACCGGGGCUCUCAUACUUUACCCCCGCUCAGAACCCCCCAGCGGGAACCGCCCAAGAUCCUCAAACAAGCGGCAAGCCUGUCCCAAAGCUCUUCCAGCCCCUUACCAUCCGGGGAGUAACAUUCCAGAACCGUUUGGGACUUGCGCCAUUAUGCCAGUACUCGGCCCAAGAUGGACACAUGACUGACUACCAUAUUGCUCAUCUUGGUGGCAUCGCCCAACGCGGCCCUGGCAUGAUGAUGAUCGAAGCCACCUCGGUCUCUCCCGAAGGCCGCAUCACCCCACAGGAUGUUGGCUUGUGGAAGGACUCCCAGAUUGGGCCCAUGAAGCGCGUCAUCGACUUUGUUCACAGCCAAAACAUCAAGAUUGGCGUCCAGAUUGCCCACGCCGGCCGCAAGGCGUCCACAGUUCCCCCUUGGCUCAUGAACCAGGGAAUUGUUGCGACUGCCAAGGUGGGAGGAUGGCCAGACGGCGUCAUCAGCCCCUCAGAUGUUGCCUUCAACGAGCAUUACUGCCAGGCAAAGGCCAUGAGUAAGGGGGAUAUCGAGCAGUUCAAGAAGAACUGGGUUGCUGCCGUCAAGAGGGCCAUGGCUGCCGGGGCGGAUUUCGUCGAGAUCCACAACGCCCACGGGUACUUGCUGAGCUCUUUCCUUAGCCCACAUGCGAACAGAAGAACCGACGAAUAUGGCGGCAGCUUUGAGAACCGCAUCAGACUCAGCCUGGAAAUUGCCAAGCUCACAAGAGAGGCAGUGGGCGAGAACGCACCCGUCCUCCUCCGUGUCUCUGCUACCGACUGGGUCGAGGAGACUUUGCCGGAGGAGAGCUGGACAGCCGAGGACACGGUCAAGUUUGCCCAGGCCCUUGCUGCUCAGGGAUGCGUUGAUUUGAUCGACAUUUCUUCGGGUGGUGUCCACCCAGCUCAAAAGAUUGUAUCAGGCCCCGCAUUCCAGGCACCAUUUGCCGUGGCCGUCAAGAAGGCCGUCGGCGACAAGAUGCUUGUGGCCACUGUUGGCUCCAUCACCAAUGGAAGACAGGCAAACAAGCUCUUGGAGGAGGAUGGACUUGACGUUGCGCUCGUUGGUCGCGGUUUCCAGAAGGACCCUGGUCUGACGUGGACUUUCGCCCAACAUGUCGACACAGAGAUCGCCAUGGCCAGUCAGAUUAGAUGGGGUUUCACCAAGCGUGGCGGGUCGGCCUAUAUUGAUCCAUCAGCAUACAAGCAGAGUAUCUUUGAGUAAGAAGAAGACCUCCCACACAAAGGACAAGAUAACACAAAUUUACUGGUCUGCAUGAUCACGCGGGUAGCGUUUGAUGCUUCUGACAAAAAAGAGUAC